CACAGACUGUAGCAAGCAACCCUAACCCUAACCACACAAGCGGCAGGACUGACUGCAGAUAUUUCUCCUCUGAUUGUGCUACAUAAUACAGGUACGCUGGAAUUUUCGGAGAGCGACUCGGACAUGUCAUAUGUCUUCAUCAAUGACUCGUCGCAGACCAGUGUACCAUUACUGCAGGCUUGCAUUGAUGGGGACUUGAGUUUCGCCAGGCGUCUGAUGGAGACCGGCUGCGACCCCAACAUCCGUGACCACCGGGGCCGUACAGGUCUACAUCUGGCAGCUGCGCGGGGUAACGUGGACAUCUGCUGCUUUCUGCACAAGUUUGGCGCAGAUCUGCUCGCCACCGACUAUCAGGGCAAUACUGCAUUGCAUCUGUGCGGACACGUGGAUACCAUUCAGUUUCUGGUGUCCAAUGGGCUUAAAAUUGAUAUUUGUAACCACAAUGGUUCGACCCCACUGGUUUUGGCUAAGAGGAGAGGAGUAAAUAAAGAUGCCAUACGGCUCCUGGAAGGGUUGGAAGAACAGGAGGUAAAGGGCUUCAACAGAGGAACCCACUCUAAACUGGAAGCCAUGCAGAUGGCUGAGAGUGAAAGUGCAAUGGAGAGCCAUUCACUGCUGAAUCCAAACCUGCAGAACAGCGAGGGUGUGCUGUCCAGCUUUCGCUCCACCUGGCAGGAGUUUGUGGAGGACCUGGGCUUCUGGAGGGUCCUGCUUCUGCUGGUGGUCAUCGCUCUCCUCUCGCUGGGCAUUGCGUACUAUGUCAGCGGUGUACUGCCCUUUUCUGCUAGCCAGCUUGAGUUGGUCCACUGAUGGCCUGUUAUAUAGCUAAAGCAUGAUCUAGGGUGGGUGCUGAAGGUUCCUCAGUACAAGAUUAGGUCUAACCUGAAGUUUAGAAAUUAUCUUGUCAUUCUAUCAGCUGAGGUAGACUGGAGCUGUCCACAGGCGGGGACUGAGCUAUGAAGGAGUAUUGCAACGUUAAAUUAUUUAUGGGGACAUUAUUAAAGUAUCACAAACAUACACCAAAUGAUGUAAGUGUAUACUUUUCUCACAGAUCUUUUCAUGUCCACUAGGGAUGCAUCGAAUGUUCGGCCACCGAAAAUGUUCGGCCGAAUAUAGCAAAAAACGCAAGUUCAGUGUUCGGCCGAAUAUGUGAAGUGGCCGAAUAAAUUUGACCGAACAUGACUCGUGAUACCAUCAAGCAGCAACCAGUGCAGAGAGAGAGAGAGAAACGCGUGUGCUUUAUUACUGCCGCAAACAUUUUGGCAGUGUGUGUGUGUGGAGCAUUUUAAAGUGUCAGAGAAAGACACAGCACGGGACUUGCCACACGGAAGUAAAUUUCCGAAUGAAAGCGUCUUUACUGGUCGGUAACUUUACUUCAGACGGGAGUGGGCGGUCUGACAGUAGCCCUGCAGCUCGCGACAUUAUUUGACAUCAUACAGUGGUCGCGUGCACACAGUUCCCUGUUCUAAACAACUUCUCAAAGUAUGUUCGGUGCAUCCCGGCCACGAGUGCACCUUCUGAGAGAACAGUCAGCUUUUGUGGGCGGAGUUUGGAGGAGAGACGUGAACUGAAAUGGUUGUCAGUCAGCAUCCGUCAGAAUUGCUUGCAUUGGAUGUUUUUUUUUUUCUCAAAUCAUUUUGCAAUGUAGCCUAUAAUAAUCCAACAGUUUUAGUUUAUUCGUGUUUUUAUCUUAUAGGCCUAAUGUGGAAUGACACUUUUUAAAGAACUGUUUUGUUGUAGGGGUACAGAGUGACUUACAUUACAUUCUUUUAUCAGUCAGUUAUAGGCCUAAUUAAUAUAGGCUAUUCAUGAAGGGAGAGGGCUCAAUUUUUUGUUUGAAUUUACUUUGUUUUGCUCAAUUUUAUAUUAAGUUGUAUUGUAUUUUAUUGAAAAACAAGACAAAUUAUAAAAAGCACAUUUUGACUAUUCAGUUUGUGCAAUAGUGAAAAAAUGGCUUAAUAAAUAGAAGAAAUGCAAAAAACCAUGUUCGGUGUUCGGUAUUAUUCGGCCAAGUGUUUCACAACAUGUUCGGCUUCAGCCAAGAAUUUUCGUUUCGGUGCAUCCCUAAUGUCCACUAAAUAUCUACAUGUUGAUGUAAGCUGCAUUAGAUGACAUUACAUAGGGUGUCACUUCAUCCAUACUUAUUUUUCCUCUUGCAUAAUUGUUUUGGUCUGUAAUGAAGUGUAGUUAUGACAGAUGCUACAUACAUACUGUAUUCUUGCUAUGUACUGCUUGAAACAAACUGAUUCCUUCGUUUUACUUAACAAAGUAAUCCAAACAAACAAUUUAGUUUUUUUUGUUUUUUUGCUUAACAAAACAAACGAUUUCUUUACAGAUACCGUAUGCUAACAUUGUUUAGUUUUAUUAUUUGUUUAAUUGUAAAUAUUUAUAUAUACGUAUGUUAUGUAUCCCGUACUGUAUAUGUAAAAAUGAUUCUGUUACGUUCAAAUAAAUA